AUUGGCUGUGUGAAGCAGGCGGUUUUUUGCCUUUGUCAGCAGCAUGGAGGAGAUGAGGGUGUCUGAUGUGGAGGUGUGUAACCUGGCGUACAGGGGGCAGCUGGAGCAGCUGAGGAGCCUGGUGCUGGCAGACAAGUCCCUGACCUCCAGGACUGACCAGGAUGAAAGGACACCCCUGCACUGGGCAUGCUCAGCAGGGCACACUGAAAUUGCUGAAUAUUUGCUCCUGCUCGGAGUGCCAGUUGAUGGCAAAGAUGAUGCAGGAUGGACGCCUCUUCACAUUGCUGCCUCUGCUGGCCGGACAGAUAUUGUCAGAGCUUUACUGGGGAAGGGAGCCCAAGUAAACACCGCCAAUCAGGUCGGGUGCACGCCUCUCCACUAUGCAGCAUCCAAGAACAAGCAUGAGAUUGCUCUUAUGCUUCUGGAAAGCGGUGCUUCGCCUGAUGCCAAGGACAAGCUGGAGUCCACCCCACUUCACCGCGCAGCUUCCAAAGGCAACCUGAAGAUUGUGGAAAUCCUCCUAAAACACAAAGCAUCCACUAAUUUACAAGACAUUGAAGGGAAUACACCACUUCAUCUUGCCUGUGAUGAAGAGCGAAUGGAGGAAGCCAAACUCUUGGUUGAACAGGGAGCAAGUAUUUAUAUAGAAAAUAAAGAGGAGAAGACGCCAUUACAAGUGGCUAGAGGAGGUCUGGGAGCAUUGCUAAGGAGAAUAGUAGAAGGGUAGUUUAUUUUUACUUUAAAUAUGACAGCUUCAUCCAUGACUUGAAGACGGCAGUGUCAAUGUUAAUGUGGCUGACGCCUUCUAAUGUUUAGACACAAUUUUAGCUAUAUUUGCUAGUUGUAAGGCUUUUCUAAUUGUUCCUUUCAAUGUCUGGGAGGAGCAGUGUUUGUAAUACGCAUUACUGCAAUAUGCAAGAGAUAAUCGAACACAUGUAAAGCUCUCUGUAGAGUGCUCUGUGUACCUACAUCAAGUAGGUAUACAUUGAGAACCUAUGUUCUAAUAUCUGCCACAUUGAUACAACUGUCCCAGAAGCAUGGUAGUAAUAACCUCCUAUAAUAAAUUCAUCAUACCCAGGGAUGCCAAAAUUAUGUAUUGACUUUGUGCUUGAUUGCUUUUAACCAGAAACCAUCAUGAAACCUGCUGCUUGUUAAAUAUGACACUAGGCAGUUCCAACGCAAAUGUACUGACACUCAAAGAAAAUAAUUUGUAAUUUAGUGGUAUUUGAGCAGUAUAGGAAUGUGUGUUCUUGGAAGGAGCAUUGUUCUUAUUUAUUUUCUAUUGUUGAGUUUUGUUUUUAGUCCAGUUUAUCCACCCUCAUUGUGGAGCUGUAUGCCCUCUGGUAUUUAUGCAUACAUGUUCUCUGAAGACCUGAACUGGACCAAUGUUGAAGUUCCAUCAGAAAAUAAACCAGGGUAUUCUUUAA